AUGGACAGUGGUUGUACAAACACCACCAUUUGUAAUGGUGAGCUCAUGCAUGGACUCCGUCAUGCUGAGAAAGAACUUGACAUGCACACUAACGUGGGCAGCAGAGUUCUUGACGAAGAAGGUUUUCUAGGAAGAUUUUCACCUCCAGUUUAUCACGAUGAAGAUGGAAUUGCCAAUGUACUUGCUACGCGCGAGAUGAUUGUUGCGGGAUACCGCAUUACUAUGGAUACUGAUGCUGACAAUGCUUUUAUUGUGCAUUGUGAUGGAAACAGAAAGAUGCAAUUUGUGAAUUGUAAGGGUGUGCAUGUGUUGGAGCAACUUGGAGCAAAUGUCGAACCAGGCGCCAAAGAGACAAGUGCGAUAUACCGUCGCCAGUUAAGCAACUUAAAUAAUCAACCCCAUUUCAAACUUUCUUCAAACAAACAGAAUGGAUAUGCUGGACUUGAGAUGACCUCCAAGAUGGCAACUGUUCGAAAGAACAAGGAAGGAUUCACUCCAAGACAAGUCAAGGCUGCGAUGGAAGCGAGAAGUGCAAUGCACAUACUCAAUGCUCCAAGCAUUUCUCCCUGCACGUUGUUUUACCUGAAUUGA